CCAAUAUGUCAGCCCCCAUGUUGCAGUUUUUUUCUAAAAGAUUUUGCAGCAAAUGCUUCAAGAUAGUGCAACCACAAAGAGUUCCUUCAAUAUUGAAACGUACAGAGCAGUUAAAAAUGACAACCACUCACAAAAUUUCCAGACAAUUUCAUGUCAGUGCAGGGCCAUUACGACAUGGUGAUUAUGAAUAUCAAGAUCCAAAAUCAGAAGAUGAAGUUGUAAAUAUUACUUAUAUAGAUAGAAAUGGAGUAAGAAAACCAGUCAGAGGAAAAGUUGGUGAUAAUCUGAUGUAUUUAGCUCACAGAUAUGACAUAGAGUUAGAAGGUGCCUGUGAAGCAUCACUAGCUUGUUCAACAUGUCAUGUUUAUGUACAUAACAAUUACUUUGAUAAGUUACAAGAGCCUGAAGAAGAAGAAGAAGAUAUGUUAGACAUGGCUGUGUUUUUAAAGGAGAAUUCUAGAUUAGGUUGUCAGAUUAUAUUAAACAAAGAAUUGGAAGGUUUAGAAGUAACAUUACCUCAGGCUACAAGGAACUUUUAUGUAGACGGACAUGUACCUCAGCCUCACUGAUAUCAAGUCUUUGUGAUAGUCAAAGCUUUUAUCUCAUAUUGGAAUCAUUUUGUGACUUUCACUUCAACCAACAGUAAAUGAUUAGAAUUGCAUAGAGCUCUACCAAGAAAAGUCUGACAUCUUUAUGGAGAGGGAGAAACUAAAGACAACAACAUUAUAACAUAAUGAAUUUUUGUAAUGUUAAAUUUAUUUUGAAUAUUACUGGGAAGAUGGAGUGAUAUUUACAUUGUGAAAUAUUAACAAAUAAGAUAUAUUUAAACAUAAAAAUUCCUUAUUGUAUUUCUGUGGUUAGCUCAUCAGAAAAUGUUGCAUCAAGGCUAUUUUUGCUCUCAAAUUUGACUUAAUCAUGUAUUUGAAAUCACAUGACAUUUUUCACUGGAGGCUUGUGCUUCACAUAGAAUUAAAAAAAAAAUCUUUCAUUUCAUGCUCCAUGCAUAUCUAAACAUAUAAUGUGAUUCCUCAGAUACCCUCCAACCCUUAUACAUAGAACCACCAAUAGCUGUAAAUUGACCCUUAUAAGGGUUGCUUCUCAUGGCUGUGUGUGUCAUCCAAGGGCAUGGACACCAUGGACAUAGUUUUUACAUGUGACGUUAUAAGGAGCUUCACUUUAUUGAAACAAUUUCUCUUCUGAAACCACAUGUGAAAAAGUUCAUAAGGUAUAUGUAGAUUUGCCUUCAUUUUUAUUGAGACUAAAAGUUAAAUCAGUCAGAUUUUAAGACAUCAAUACACUUAUUAUAAUGGAAAAGAAUAUGGUGUAUUGAUUCAUGACACAAAAUCCCAAAAUGCACAUGAAAUGAUAAAAGGCAAAGGAAUAGAGAUUUAAUUGCUGUUCUUGAUUAAAAUCGUAGAGAAAGAUUUGAAGACUCUUUUCACCAUCAAACAAAUACUCAGAUCAUUACCGGUACUAUGAACCAGACAUAGGGAUCGGUUUAAUGAAAAUAUAAAAAAAAAAAAAUUUCACAGGAGAUGUGUUUAAAACAACCGUUUCUUCCCAGAAUUGUACCUUAGGAACAAUUUUGCCAAGCAAUUCGGCCAUCAGCAUUACUGUAAAUAAAAACUUUUUGCAGGGUAAAAAAAUCCUUGAAUAGGAUGUAUUUGACCAGUUUAUGAAAAUUUUGUCUGGAAAUUAUCUUGAGAUAAAAUGUGUUCAUCCUACCUCACAAUCAAAAUGUCCCCCAAUGUUUGGAACAAAAUAAUUGAUAUCAGUAUGAGCAGAUUGCAGCUGUAAUAUUUUGUAAUUUAAAGGUAUUGUUAACUCUUUAACUCAAGAUUUGUUUUGUCAUAACACAUUUCUGGAAUGUGUUUCUAACUGCACUCUGUGCAGAAAAUAUGUCAAGACAAAUCCAUAUAAAUGAAUCAGAGCAUUUAAAUCUAAAACAUGUUUAAUAGAGCAUCCCAAACCAUGAAAGGACACUCAUGAAAUUAACCUGAUUUUCCUAAGCUUUUUCUAUGAGGCUUAAAUUUUAUGUGAGUAAUGAUAGUACAUUGAAUUUUAGUUUGCUUGUUGGUAAUAAAGAGGAACUUUUUGAUUGGUAAUUUAACUAUCAUUUGUCACUGUCUGCCAAUCAAAUCGCAUAUCAGAUAAUGAUGCCUAUAGAUCUAGUCUCAUCAUUUAUAUGUUUGUGUAUUUACCAUACCUAAUGAAAAAAAUCAUGUAUAGUUUACAAACAAAUGAAUUUGAUUUCAUCGAUAUCAAGACUUAAGUACCAUAUAUUUCUUUCUUAGUUUAUUUAUGACAUUUCUACAUUUAUGAUGGAAUAUUAGUUUCACAAAAGAAGCAUUUAUGUUUUGUGAGAUCUGAAGUUCUUAACUUUUAUUAUUCAGGAUUUGUUUACAUUAUGUUAAUUUAUUGAUUCACAUUUAAUAUAUCAAUUUCUAGAUUAUGAUUUUAUAUUACUUUGAUUCAUGUUUGAGAAUGUGAGUUCUAACCCUAUUUAUGGGGAGGUGUGUACGACUUCUUACUUCACAUCGAUAUUACCUCUGUGCACAUAAUCACAGGAACAUGUCUCUGUGAAGAAAUUUUUUUACCUAUAUCCCGUAAUAAGGUAUACAGGGGAAACCAAACAGAGGCAAGUGGCUGUGAAGCUAAUCUAUCAAUCUAGUGCUAAGAAAGAACAAAAAUUUGUCAACUACAUAAUGUUCAUGUAGAUGUCACAUGCUAUCAAUGGUAACCUCUUUUGCACCUGAUAGAUAAAACUAUAAAUGACAUUUUUGUGAUUGAUUUUUUGACUAUAUUUAUGUGUUUGCAGUUAAAUAUUUGUGAUAUCAAAAUUAGUUUGAAUGUUAUAUGUUAUGAAGACAAUUAAUAAAAGUAAACAAUAAUUUA